CUCUUACGACGUUCUCCGCUCUCCGAUUUCAGUGUCCGAGCGGCUACUUCAGUUGCUUCUCCUUGAUUUUUUCUUACUACGUUCUCCACUCUCCGAUUACAGUCUCUCUCUCUAUAUCUAUAUAUCUAUAACACGAAUCAAGAUUCUGAUCUCAUUGACUGAGGAACAUGAGCAAUUCGAUUGGCCAUAACUUACUUCACCAGAGCUUGCUUUCACCGACGGUUCUAGAGCAUCAAAGUAAAAGCAAUUCUUUUUGUAUUUUCACGGGAAACAAUUUGUUUCAAGCUCAAGCAACUUCAUCCAUACGAAAGUCACCUUUAUCAACCAUAUUCCGUGGUAAUUGUUUGGAUGUGCGGAAAAUGAAGCCGCCGAUGACAACGCAUCGUGCGCUUUCUGUUUCUCCUCAUGCUGUAUUAACCACUGAUCCGUCUUCUCAGCUCGCAGGAAAGUUCAACCUUGAUGGAGAUAUUGAAUUGCAGGUUGAUGUUAGUGGUCCCAUUCAAGGUUCUAUGUCACAAGUUAAUAUCAAGGUCACAAAUAGUAGUGACGCUUUAAAUCUACACUGGGGUGGCAUACGAAAUAUAAAAGAGAAGUGGUUACUUCCUGCUCGUCGUCCAGAUGGCACUAAAGUAUAUAAAAACAAAGCUCUUAGGACUCCUUUUGUAAAAUCUGGCUCCAAUUCUUUCCUGAAAAUAGAGAUCGAUGAUCCUGCAAUACAAGCUAUAGAGUUUCUAAUAUUUGAUGAAGCCCAAGAUAAAUGGUUCAAACAUAAUGGUGAGAACUUCCAUGUCAAGUUACCGUUGAGAGAGAAUUUGGUUCCAAAUGUUUCAGUUCCUGAAGAUCUCGUACAGAUUCAGGCGUACUUGAGGUGGGAGAGGAAGGGUAAACAGAUGUAUACUCCUGAGCAAGAGAAGGUGGAAUAUGAAGCAGCCCGGAGUGAGCUAUUGGAGGAAAUAGCUAGGGGCACUUCCAUACAGGACCUUCGUGCAAAGUUAACAGACAAAAAUUAUGCAACUGAAAGUAAGGAGCCACUUCUUUCUGAAACAAAGAACAACAUACCGGAUGAUCUUGUACAAAUACAAUCUUAUAUACGAUGGGAAAGAGCAGGAAAACCAAACUAUUCCCCUGAUCAACAACUUAGAGAAUUUGAAGAAGCAAGAAAAGAUUUGCAAAUUGAACUAGAGAAGGGAACUUCUCUUGAUGAGAUACGGAAGAAGAUCACCAAAGGAGAGGUACAAAGUAAGUUUCCAAAGCAAAUCCAAAAAAAGAUUAGUGAGGAAAGGAUUCAGCGCAAAAAGAGGGACUUGAUGGAGCUUCUCAAUAAGUAUCCUUCGGGAUCUAUGGAGCAAAAGAUCUCAACCACACCGUCCACACCACAAGCCUUGUCUUCAAUUGAGCUUUUUGCUGAGUCAAAGAAAGAACAAGAAGGUGGUUCUAUUCUGAACAAGAAAAUAUACAGAAUUGGUGCCGGGGAACUUCUGGUACUUGUAAUGAAGCCUGCUGGUAAGACAAAGGUUUGUUUGGCUACAGAUCUCAAAGAUCCUGUUACCCUUCAUUGGGCUUUAUCAAAAAAUUCAGGAGAGUGGCUGGCACCACCUCCAGAUGUAUUCCCCCCUGGUUCAGUUUCCUUAGACAAGGCCAUUGAAACGCAAUUUGCAAGCACUCCUGUUGAUCCAGCGCAGAAGGUCCAAUCCUUAGAAAUAGAGAUUGAAGAUGAUAAUUUUGUGGGGAUGCCGUUUGUCCUUUUGUCUAGCGGAAACUGGAUAAAGAAUAAUGGCUCAGACUUCUAUGUUGAAUUUAGCGUUGGAUCUAAGCAGGUCCAAAAGGAUGCUGGUGAUGGCAAAGGUACGGCAAAGGCCUUCUUGGAUAAAAUAGCAAAGAUGGAAAGUGAGGCACAGAAGUCCUUCAUGCAUCGAUUUAAUAUUGCAGCAGACUUGAUCUAUGAAGCCAGAGAUGCUGGUGAAUUGGGUCUUGCUGGAAUUCUCGUGUGGAUGAGGUUUAUGGCUACAAGGCAGCUCAUAUGGAAUAAAAACUACAACGUAAAGCCACGUGAGAUUAGUAAAGCUCAGGAUAGGCUUACAGACUUGCUCCAGCAUGUUUAUAGAAGUCAUCCGCAUUAUCGGGAACUUCUGCGAAUGAUUAUGUCUACUGUUGGUCGUGGAGGUGAAGGGGAUGUUGGGCAGCGAAUCCGAGACGAAAUCCUGGUUAUCCAGAGAAAUAAUGAUUGCAAGGGUGGAAUGAUGGAGGAAUGGCAUCAGAAGCUACAUAAUAACACUAGCCCUGAUGAUGUUGUGAUCUGUCAGGCUCUGAUUAAUUAUAUCAAAAGUGACUUUGACAUCAGUGUUUAUUGGAAAACCCUGAAUGAGAAUGGAAUAACAAAAGAACGCCUUCUAAGUUAUGAUCGUGGCAUCCAUUCUGAACCAAAUUUCAGUAGGAAUCAGAAGGAUGCACUUUUGCAUGACUUGGGAAGUUACAUGAGAACACUGAAGGCAGUUCAUUCAGGUGCAGAUCUUGAGUCCGCUGCUUCAAAUUGCAUGGGAUACAAAGCUGAGGGUUUAAAGAAGAUAAGAAGCGGAGAAGAAGAACAGAGAAGAAGAAGAGAAAUUAAGGAACGUAAUCUGAUGGCUGGAGAAGGUUUCAUGGUUGGGGUGAAGAUAAAUCCUGUACCGGGUUUGCCUUCUGGAUUCCCGGAAUUGCUUCGAUUUGUCCUAAAACAUGUUGAAGAUAAAAAUGUGGAAGCCCUUCUCGAGGGAUUACUAGAGGUUCGUGAGGCGAUUAGGCCAUUGCUAUCCAAUUCCAAUGACCGUCUUAAGGAUCUUUUGUUCUUGGACAUUGCACUUGAUUCCACAGUUAGGACAGCCAUUGAAAGGGGAUACGAGGAGUUGAAUAGUUCUCAACCACAGAAAAUUAUGUACUUCAUAGCUCUUGUUCUUGAAAACCUUGCACUUUCAUCAGAUGAUAAUGAGGAUCUCAUCUAUUGCUUAAAGGGAUGGAAUCAAGCUUUAAGCAUGUCAAAGAGUGGAGAUAAUCACUGGGCACUAUAUGCAAAAUCAGUCCUUGACAGAACCCGACUUUCACUUGCAAGCAAGGCAGAGCGGUACCUUCAAAUAUUGCAACCAUCCGCUGAGUAUCUCGGAUCACAGCUUGGAGUGGACCAAUGGGCUGUGAACAUAUUCACCGAGGAGAUUAUUCGUGCUGGUUCAGCUGCUUCAUUGUCCUCACUUCUCAAUCGACUCGAUCCUAUUCUUCGCAACACUGCCAAUUUGGGAAGUUGGCAGCUUAUCAGCCCGGUUGAAGCUGUUGGAUAUGUAGUUGUUGUAGAUGAGUUGCUUACUGUUCAGAAUAAAUCCUAUGGACAGCCAACAAUUUUGGUGGCAAAAUCUGUAAAAGGAGAGGAGGAAAUUCCAGAUGGUGUGGUUGCUGUGCUGACACCUGACAUGCCAGAUGUGCUAUCUCAUGUCUCUGUUCGAGCAAGAAACAGCAAGGUUUGCUUUGCUACUUGCUUUGAUCCGAGUAUUUUGGCUGAUAUCCAAGCCUAUGAAGGAAAGUAUUUGCAUCUAAAACCUACAUCUUCAGAUGUAGCUUAUAGCGAGGUGAAGGAGGGCCAUCUAACAAGUGAAAGCUCAUCUAAUUCGGAAGAAGCUGGACUUUUUCCAUCUAUAACUUUAGCCAAAAAGCAGUUUGGUGGUAGAUAUGCCAUAUCCUCUGAGGAGUUCACAAGUGAAAUGGUUGGAGCUAAAUCACGUAAUAUUGCAUAUCUUAAAGGAAAAGUGCCAUCUUGGGUUGGGAUUCCUACCUCUGUUGCCCUACCAUUUGGAGUUUUUGAGAAAGUUCUUUCAUAUGAUUCAAAUCAGGGAGUAGCAAAAAAGUUGCAGCUCCUGAAAACAAAGUUAGGGAAAGAAGAUUUCAGUGCUCUUAAGGAGAUCCGUAAGACAGUUUUAGAGCUUGCAGCACCACCCCAGUUGGUACAAGAGCUGCAAAAAACAAUGCAAGGUUCUGGCAUGCCUUGGCCUGGUGAUGAAGGUCAGCAGCGAUGGGAACAAGCAUGGAUGGCUAUAAAAAAGGUUUGGGCUUCAAAGUGGAACGAGAGAGCAUACUUCAGCACAAGAAAAGUUAAAUUAGAUCAUGAUUAUCUUUGCAUGGCUGUCCUGGUUCAGGAAAUAAUAGCUGCUGACUAUGCAUUUGUCAUCCACACCACUAAUCCAUCUUCAGGAGACUCGUCAGAGAUAUAUGCUGAGGUAGUGAAGGGGCUUGGAGAAACUCUAGUAGGAGCUUAUCCUGGCCGUGCUUUGAGCUUUGUCUGCAAGAAAAAUGAUCUUAACUCUCCUCAGGUAUUAGGUUACCCAAGCAAACCCAUUGGCCUUUUUAUCAGACGAUCUAUUAUCUUCAGAUCUGAUUCUAAUGGGGAGGAUUUAGAAGGUUAUGCUGGUGCGGGCCUUUACGAUAGUGUGCCGAUGGAUGAAGAAGAGAAGGUUGUGGUUGACUACUCAUCUGACCCCUUGAUGAUUGAUGGUAAUUUCCGCCAAUCGAUCCUCUCCAGCAUUGCACGUGCAGGAAAUGCAAUUGAGGAGCUUUAUGGAUCUCCUCAAGACAUCGAAGGUGUGGUCAGAGAUGGGAAAAUCUAUGUCGUCCAGACAAGACCUCAAAUGUAAUCCCGAUACUUUCAGAGGUGAUUUUAUAAGAGUUGGUCGGAAGUGGGAGAAUCUACAUUAUCCGGACCACGAAUAUUGUUAUGCUGAUUAUUUAUAUAGUGUUUUUAUGAGGGUAUAAUUAUCUAAAAAUGAGAGAAAAUAAAAGGCUAGAGAAUAACAAGAUUACGAAUAGAGAGUAGUGAAAAGAUGAAGUUAACAUUCGAACCGCAACAUGGACAUUGGACUUUGUACGUAAAUUUCUCUUUUAAGGACUACUUGUUUACUAGUAAGACUGAUAACCACUGGUGUGUCGGUGUGUGUCAGCUUUUUACCAUUUGGUUCUUUUCUUUUCA